AUGGCCCCAAACAUUCCUUCUGACAAGCCCGUUUCUGUUCUCCUUGCUGAAGCGUUUCGAAUCCCUCAAUAUGCCCAGGAUGAAGAACCUGCACCUACCCCCAUCAAUACAUCCCUCUUCACGGAAUCUCAAAUCAACAGUUUGAGAGCUAGAGCCAGGAUCAUGAACUACGAGCUUCAAUCGCCCUUUCAGGCUCCUGAAGCUCCUCAUGAAGAAUCAGUUACUGACAUCAAUCUAGCUAACCUUCGUUUCAAUCGCCUGACCCUUGCUGGCACGCUCUCUAUCUACAUCGAGAAAUUCCCUGGAGAUACUCCGGAAGACCUUCUAACCACCUUUGGUGUCCACGCGGAAAACAACAACAUCCCAGAUAUUCGCAUUCUUUCUCAUAUCCUCGAACUACUGUUGAAAGAAACAGAGUGGCUUGAGAUAAACAUCCUCGGAAACGAUCCAGUACAACUUCGGAAAUUCAAACGUGAAGAAAACAGCAAGAUGGGACGAGAAAUUAGGAGUUUGAGAGCCUUGGUCGACUCGUACAGCCAGAUCAAAGAAGAGCUUCGUCAAAAGCACGGUAUCAUCAUGGCACCGAUUAGAUUACCAGCACAUUUCGAUGAAUUUUAUGGGAAUGAUGACGAUGACGAUGACUACGACGAGACGGACGACGAAUUUCAAGGAGAGGAGCAUGACGAUGAAAACGUCGAUGAAUGUCACGCCUCACUUGGAUUUCCCCAAGAUCAACAGUCAUACGAACCUUUCUUUGACCAAGUCUCACUUAAAUCUUCCCAGGAUCAAGAGUCAUCCGAUUUUUCCCUUGAUCAAAUCUCACUCGAAUCUUCCCAAGAUCAAGAAUCUUCCGAGUUUUCAGAAGACAUUUUCUACGACGCGGAAUCAUCAUCCGAAUCCUCACAAGAAAUUUCCGAUGAAAAAGAAUCAUCAUCCGAAUCAUCCAACGGAUCAGAGAAAUCCGAGAACAUCAAAGUCAACCAACUUAACGCCAGGAAGACUAGAAUCUCGGUAUUGAUCAAGACCCAGGAUACCAAAGUGAACCAACUCGGAGCUAGGAAGACCAGGAUCCCAAUCAAGACCCAGGACGUCAAGGUCAACCAACUUAAAGCCAGGAAAACUAGAAUUCCAGUAUUGAUCAAGACCCAGGACACCAAAGUGAACCAACUCGGAGCUAGGAAGAGUAGGGUCCCGAUUAAGACCCAGGACAUCAAGGUCAACCAAUUCGAAGCCAGGAAGAAUGAGAUUCAAAUCAAGACCCAGGACGUUGACGAUAAACCUCUCCUCGAGCCCAUAGACAACAUUGAUACAGUCGAAGAGGCCAACGACGAGCUUCCCCCCAAGUCUAUUGAAAAGACCGGCAUAUUUGAAGAAGCCCCAGGCCUCCUCCAACAACGAGAGAGAGCUGAAUCGAACUUCAAAUUAUUCCCACACAUUAUGACUCUAGCUAUUGGUAUUGCCAUUGGUGUCGGCUUCAACUUCCUGUUGAAGUAG